UGUUGUUUAAUUGUACCUUUAUAUUAUUUAUAUUCGUACAAUUGGAGGUUUAGUUGUGCCUUUUUUUAAGCGGAUAUAAAAAUUAAUAUGGGCUGCGCAACAAGCGUGACGUCCGGCAAAGGCAGCGGAACUCGUUUGAUCGCAACAAAGCUUACGUUUACAUCCGAGCAGUUGGAAAAUCUCAAUGGGUUCUUCCGGAAAACAAUUGAAUCAACUAUUAGUGAUAAAGAAAUGAAGAAAACUGAGGCAACAGUUGAAAGAUUAAUGCAGCGUCUACUGACAGCUGUGGGAAAAUUAGAUCCUAGAUUUUCUUCCAUGUUUUUGGUAUCUUUGAAUGAAAAGCGCCGAGUAAAGCAAUUGAAGUUCGAAUACCUACUGCGGAUGGAUGCACUCUCAAGCCCAAUGAUCGAUACGAACAUGAAUAUAGCAACUGUGGUGAAUUUAGAAGAAGAUGCAGCACUACCGGGAUUUGCGCGACUUCGUAUUCGUGGAGUAGACAUCGAAUCGUGGGCUGAGUUUCUCGGUCCUGGUGGAAGAUUGAGGAGAGAUCUCGUGAAAGCCAAACUCGUGAACUUAUUGGCAGCUGCUACAAAACAAGAAACAAUUAAUAUGGAUGAAAGAACGUGUCAAUCGCCUGGACAAAUAGUCGAUGCUGAAACGCUUGAUAAAAUUCUCAAACAACCUGACCACUGCAGGGUAUUUUACGGACCCGCCGCUGAGGAAAAAGAGCUGCCAUUGCCGCGAGAUCAUCGUAUAGUGCUGGUGGAAGAUGCUACCGGAAUACUCAUUCGCAUAAGUUUGAACGGCCAUAAAAUACGUGAUGUUGAAGUAAGACUAAUUAUUGGUGUUGGCGUAUCUCUGUGGUCAUCGCUAGCUGAUUAUCCAGGUCGGAUUCCAUUGUACCAUUGUGACGCUCUGCUUCAUUACACUGCUGCUCAAAGUGGGAUGUACGCAGUAGCAGUAGGUCCUUAUCCGAGUGCUCGUUGUGACGAUCGUGCAACACUCUGGCGUCUCCGUGCUCCAGCUGCCGAGACAAUCAUGAGUCAGCAUUAUUCAGACGAAAGUGUACCAGCCCUGACGGAGUCUGUACUCAUGCACAUAGUAGAUCAACUACGUGGAAGAUUACCAUUGAAUUUAUCCAUCAAACAAAAAGACAUACUGAGAGUCGUAUCACGUCACAUUGUACGUACGAUACACUGGUGGUCGCUGGAGAGAGCGGGACCAGACCCUCUGAGGAGUUGGUCUCCCGACAGUCUCUCACGUCACGUUUUACUGGCACUCGACGAAUUGGUCACCGCCCUCAGGUGUCAGAGCUUGCGGUGUUACUUUCAUCCCCGUUGCAACGUGAUGCUGCAGUGUGCCAAAGGAGGAAUUCUUCACCACGAAGAUUCUUACGUCUCAGAUGCUCGUCUUUUGGAAUUGUAUCUACUUACCCUUCACCAGUACUCAUUGAACUUGAGUUCAGUAGAUCCUCGACCAAGUGACAUCCUUGAGAGUGAACUGAUUGUGCGCUGGCGCCAAGUAAUGGCCUCUUUGCCGCGUGGCACCAUGGGAGGGCACUACGGUUACAGUACCCGACAAUUGAUGUACUUGGGACUUGUUAUAAAACAAGUUCUCAAAGUAAAGGAACUUGUAAUGCAGAAUUUAUUGAGCGAGUGUUCAUUUUUAAAUUUGUCAUUGUCGUCAGACGCACGAUCAAGCCCCACUGAAAAUUUAGUUUAUCUUUUGACAUUGGUGCUGAAGCAAGCCAGAGACCAAAUUUACGCGAUAAUGGAUCGCCAGAAGAAUUUUGAACACAGCAAUAAAAAGUCGUAUGUAUCGUCAAGAUCGAAGAAGCAGUAUCAUACAACGUACAAUUAUUUCGAGCAUUCGGUUGACAUAUUAAUUGACAUUGUUCGUCGUGAUCGCGAAACAGCGUACACCGAUCUGGAGAACGACGUAAUAAUGUCAAAGAGUCUCUUGAGAUGGCUGUACUUUGGAAUGGAAUACGACAAGAAAGUCCUCGGGCAUAUUCUGCGACCAUAUCUGGGUAAUCUCUUCAACUCGUCUCACGAGAAUGCCUGGCACGUGGAGUCCUGGCGCAAGCGACAAGACAUUUACAAUACCGAAAUGCGAUCACUGUCUCUCUUCUGUAAACUAGUAACAACUCAAGAGACAUCACCGGCCGCUGGUAUUGUUGAAUCGCUAUCCAAAGGCUGGACUUGGGCUGAACGGACGAUCAAGAUGAUUGAACGCUCUCCAGAACACGGUUUGAGACUGCUAUUCAUUACACCUGACCGAGUUAUCAAGUACAGUCUAACAUUCACCAACAAUCGUGGACUAAGUGCUUUUUCGAGUUGGAGCAAAGCUCGGAAUAUUGGCAAUAUUACCAGAAGAGCGACUAUCGCUAGGACCACUAUGAUUACUGCUACUGAUUUUUUACCUAAGGUUCAGCAGACUCACCUUGAUCAAACUGAUAAAGGUUACGCUAGUCAUGUUGAUCUGCGAGACUCGAGUCCCUUGACGUACGUCGUGUCGAUAAAUCGUCGACGGGGGCGACAACGAGGCCCUGGAGGAUUAAUACCAGCAUUGGUAACUCUCAAUAAAUUCCGGAUACUUCAAGAAGCUGCCGCGGUAUUACCUCAUGACGAGAGAGUAGCGAUGCUGGAUGCAGUUCAAAAGGUUUCUAGGGAGGCGUCCCGACGUUUCCGAAGAACUAGCUGUCCGGAUCUGAGUGGUUCAAAUGGUCCGAAGCAAACAUAUACGCCUAGAUCGGAUGGUGAAUUAUUGGAGAGGCCAUUAUCACGUUUAUCGCCGAGCCCUCGUCAACGCGGAAUAAUAGAUGAACAUCAAAAGCAACUGCAUCGUGAAAUAAUGGAGAUACAUGAUACAUUAACGCGUGAACUGAGACCUAGAAAUUGUAUUUCAACAGCAGCCUCAGAUUCAACUUCAACGCUCUCUUGGACAUCAUCAAUACGAUCAGCAGGCAAAAAUAGAUUGAUGAGAACUCGAAAUCCGAUAUGGGAUACCGUUAGAGGAACAUCGACGAUGUGGGACCGGAUUAGCACCGAUGGGAAUUUCGUCACCAAGAGUAAAUCUGACGAGAUGAUAAGCCGGGAGGAGUCACCCAAGUGGAGUAACUCGAACAGUCGUCAGUCGAGAAGUGAAACAGGUCUCAGCGGCGAUGAAAUACUGCCGUCAUGGGAUUUUCUCGAGACAACACUCAAUCGGAAGCUUCUUCAUUUCGACAAGUCGGCGUCCGAAGCUCAAGAUACCCUUCGAGAUAAUAUUUCAAUAAUAUAAUUCUUUAUUUAAACCAUUAUUUUUUUCCAUUAGUUACUCUAUCUAUAAUCUAUUUUUACGAUAUUCAGUUUAUUGAUUUUAUUAAAUCUAAAUUUUAGUUCAGAAUUAAUUAAUUUUGUUAUUGUUUGCAGUCUUUUAUAUUAAACUUGAUGUAGUCAUAAUUAAUAAUUAAAUUUAUCAUUUUUAUA